CAGUUAACCAACCCUCGCCUGAAUGUCGGUCGAUCAGCUGGUCUGGACUGGGCGGUUCUGAAGAUCUGUCGAACAAUUCUUUUUCUCUUUCUUUUUUCUUUUUUUCUUCUUGUUGGUCUCCCCCGGGUAUGCCCCGGACUUCCUAGUUAAGGGAACUGGAAAGGGUUUGCCAAAAGAAAACCCAAAAAAAGAAAUACUGUAUUCGACAAAUAACAAACCCUCCCUAGGAAAAGAAAUACUGGAUGAUCCCCCUUCGUAGCGCCAAUCACCUCAUCUUUUCAUCAUCGACUCUCAUCUCAUCACAACAGGAUGGCAUCAUAUGGGGAAGGGACCCUUGGGGAAGAUGGACGGAGGGAGGAUUUGAUGGGGACGGGGGCGGCGAGUUUGGGGGGGAGGGACAGCAUUGGGGGGUGGUUGAUUGGGGAUAUUCUACCUUUACUCAACCCCCCAUUCCCCCACCAUCUGACCGUAUCACGCAGAGAGAGCUGGUUGAGUUCCAAUACAGCAUCUUACCCUCCCAGAAGUCUAAUCAUGUUCAUGGUGGGCGAGAUAGGGGGCGCACCCACCUUUUCAAGUCAAUAGUAUCCAUGUGUGUGUGCAUUAUCCGAUUUGCGGAACACAAUCACGUAAUCGAGCUCCCUUUGAUCACCACCAGAUCCUUUUGCCCCGGAUGGUGGAGAGCGAGAAUUGUGAGGGAGGGGAAAGGAUGAUGAUGGUGGUGGUGGUGGUGGAAGAAGGGGCG